UUUUUGAUAAAAAAAUUCAAUAAAGUUUCAGGUUAAAACAGUGAUCUGCGGAAAGAAAACAUUAAAGGAAUAUGGCCGAUCAGUAACAAACUCGCAUUGAACAUCGAGUUUGUUUCAUAAAUAAUUAUGGCUAAAAAGAGAAACGCUAAGAAAAAGGCCCCGGUUAAAAAUGAUGAAGCAACAAACAAAGUUCCACUCAGCAACAAUAUCAAUUCGGAAGCGAUAGCUGCCGCUCUUAGUACUACUAAUUUGCCAGUUUUGUUAAAACUAUGUCGACUCUGUGAAACGAAGGAUGGCCCUUUCUUAAACAUAUUUGAUAGUGACAAAAUAAUUGCGAAGAAAAUCGAAGAUCUUAUGCCUUUUGUGGUUGCCGAAAAUGAUGACUUACCACACAAAAUAUGUUUUCGGUGCUCAGCCAAAGUGGAAGAGCUUCAUGAGUUUAUACAAAAAUGUGUCAAAACGCAAGUUAACCUCAGAAGAGCUUUAGGUCAAAAAACUCCUCUUCCUACCAAGUUAAAGCAUCGUGCAUUAUGGGAAGAAAAACUUAACGAAUCUAAUAUAUCCAAUGAGGCCAUAUGUGACGCACUGGUAAAAAAAGCUAUGGAAAGUAUAAAAGAACCUUUAAAAAGUGUCCCUUUAAAAGAAAGUUUAAAAGAAGAAACAAAAAUGGUAAGCAAAAAAGAAACUGCAAAGUGUAUGCCAAAAGAAGCAAAAGUGGGAGACGAACAGGACUUAAAUGAUUCUAAAUCUAGAUCUUCUCCUUCUGUAAGACUUGAAAAUCAAGAGUCAAAAGAUGGCGUUAUAGAUGAUAGUGACAUCCCAUUGAAAAAGUUAAAAUUGCAAAUAAAAAAAAGCGAACGCAAUAAGGCUAAACUAAGUGAAGAAACACCAAAAGUUGAAAAGAGUGUUCCGAACGUUGAAAAAAGUGCUUCAAAAAUUGCAGAAAUUGCUUCAGAAAGUGAUAAAAGUGCUUCAGGAGUUGGUAAAAUUUCACAAAAAAGUAGGAAAGUCGUACCCAGAGGCGAAAAAAGUGCUUCUAAAUUAGUAGUGUCCAAUAUUGAUGAAGAAAAUCCUUCGGAAGAAAAGUCAAAUAAAUCCGAUAGUGACAGUGUCAAAACAAAUACAUUUAGUUUAGAUAGUAGUACAAAACCAGAAGAUCCUAAACCAUUCAAUAUACUUGAUCAUAUUACUAUGAUAAAAGUAAACAGCGUUGGUGUGUUAUAUCAAUGUAAGCUCUGUAAUAGAAAUUUCCUGAAAAAAGAAGUAAUUAUGACUCAUGGAUGUGCUAAAAGUGGUGGUGCGAAGAAAAAUGAUAUUGUUAGGGAUGUACCAAAACCCGAACUACCUAAAAUGCCCACAGUAAAGUAUAUAAAUACAAAAAGCAAUAAUGAGCCUAAAAAGCCGUUACCAACAAAUGAGCCAAUAAAUUUAGUUGAUGAUGAUGAAGAUAAAGAAAUAGUUAAACCACAGGCCAGGAAACCAAAAAUAGGACCAGCCAGUAAAGUAAAAAAGAGUUUUGAACCGGACCCACCUUCACCUAAGCCUGUAGAACCAACAGUACCUCCAGCUCCUGUGUUUCAGCUUCCUCAAGCACCUAGUGUUAACGGUAGAUAUAAAUUAGUUCCAGGACCAAAUAAUACUUUUACACUAGUUGAAGAAGGUUCUGAAAGCGCUUUGAAUGCUGCACAGAAUCCCAUUAAUCCAACCAAUCCAGGUAUACCCGUAAAAGAAAUACAACAUCCCGUUAAAACAAAAGCAUCCAAGAAAAUGAAUCUUGAAACUCAAGAACACCAAGUUACUCCACCAUAUCCAGUGGGACUAUUCCAAACAGUUCCUCAUAAUUCGAACUCAACUCCUUUUAUAGAACCUCCCGGUUUUACUACACCUGCCAUGAAAAAACAAUCUUACACUAUUGUGCAAACUGGUAAUCCAAACAAGCUUUUGAUUUCUACUAGGACACAACCAGAAGAGGUACCAUUAAAAAAGCUGAAGAAAUCGAAGCAUGAAACUAAAAAUGAUUCAAAAGAACCAUUUUCAGUCACACUCGAAGACGCUGCUCCGCCACGGGAUCCUGGAAUCUUCACUUUCAUAAACGUGGACCCACUUCUACAACCUUCUUACGUUUUACCCACCGAUAACAUAAUUCAAGAGUCACAAAUAACUACUACAAAUUACGCCCAGAGAAACGCUGCUCCAAGUACUGCUAAUGAAAUGUAUACAUGUAAUAUGUGUAAUUUAAAAUUUGAUCGAGAGAAAAAGCUAUUGACGCACAUACAAUCUCAUUACAAUCAAAUGGACCUAGAAGAUGAAAAAAGACACGAAAGGAAGAGAACAAGGUCAAAAAAGUAGAUAUUUUAUUACUUUAUGUACAGUGCAUUCAAAUUAAAAGUACAUUACAGAAUUCUACUAUCAGAAUAGCUGAUUCAUAGGCUAAUGGGGGACCUUCGUAAUUUGGUCACGUUAUGUUAAAAACGACAACCAGCUGACAGACAACGACUUCGACCAAACAACAUAGGUGCGCCAUUUGUUAUGAAUCAACUUCUUCAAUGUUACAAAGCUGAUGAGCUGACUCGAAAAGUGUUUUCAUUGUUUUACCGCGGUAAGUGUGUUUGAACGUAACGUUAACUAUUAGUAUUUUUUUGUUUCUUGGGAACAGCAUGAGAUGCUCUCAUAUUAUUUUCUAUAAAGUAAUACUAUAUUACGUUUUAGUAAUUGAUAUCUUGAAAUGAAUAUAAAUACUACAUGUACCAGCUACAGCCCACAUCUAUGAAAUCAACAUACGUUCUUGUAAUAAUUUUUAGUUACAUUUAGGAGUAUUUUAUUCUACUAUCUUUCGAAACAGAUUGUGAGCCUGAAUUAUUUUCCUAAUAAGUGCUAAUCACAUACUUUGAAUAAUUUUGUUCAGUAAAAAAUGAAAUAAAAUGUUUAUCAUAAAAAUUAAUUUUACAAUAUAACAGUUAAUAGCUGUUACAGCAAAAUGUUUUUGUUUAAUUUUGUUCGUUAAUUUUAAUAUGAUUAAUGUAAAUAAUUGAGUGUAUUUUUAUUUGCCGUCGUUGCGGGUAGUUGGAAAAUGUCUCAACCAACUAUACCUGACCUUUAUUAGGUCUAAUAUUUAAGCGAAUUCUUUAAAGAAGAAGAGGAAUAUCGUACCCACAACUGUAGCACUUUGAGACUUAAUAGUAUUGGAAGGAUGGAAGGGCUUGAAAAGUUGAGCAUUUUAUUGUAUGGGAGG